UCAAAAAUAAAAAGCGUGGCAAAUGUUAUUUAAACCAUUAAAUUAUUUGUAAUUUGUUGUAUACUAGUUUAGUACUGCUGUUACCUCCCAUCGUAGAUGACGUCUGCUGUUCAAUUCGCAUAUAUUAUAUCGUUCUUCGUUGUAUUUCGUUUCGUUUAUUUUUUAUUUGUUUUAAUAUGGAAGUAUUAAAUGAUAUAGAAGCAGCAUGCGUUAUUUUUGCAUUAUACGAGGAACACGAACUCAGCAAUAAAAAACAGCAACGAGAUAAAAUUAAGAGACGACAUUGGGUCCAUCCUUUAAAUUUAAAAAGACCAGAUAAUGGUCAGUUUCAGGUGACAUUUAUGACCCUUCGUAGCUACCCAGAAGAGUUUAUGAAAUACUACCGUAUGUCGAUACCAUCGUUUGAUGAACUGAUAUCGCUGGUUAGACCAAAAUUGUCAAAACAGCACACUGGUUUGCGUGUGCCAAUAUCACCUGAAGAGCGCCUGACCGUGACACUGAGGUAGGUAUUC